UAUAUAUCGAUCUCCUCCUCUCUAAUUUCUUUCGUCCAUCCUUCUCCCAAUCAAGCAUCCAUCCAUCCUCCCCAACUAUAUAUAAACCCCACACCUUUCCCUCGCCACCGCCCUCGAUCGUCUUCUUCCUCCUCCUCUCAAUCUCUUCUUCCUUCUCCUGCAGCCGCCAUUUCUAGCUAGCUAUACGAUCGAUCUAUACAUAUAUAUCAGAAGGAAGGAAGAGGCUAAUUAAGCUAGCUGUUGCUAGAGCUAGCAAGAGCGAGGAGAUUGAGCAGCUAGGUAGGUAGCAAGAAGGAGAAGAAGAAGAAGAUCAUCAAUGAGCAUCUCGGUGAACGGGCAGUCGUGCGUGCCGCCGGGGUUCCGGUUCCACCCGACGGAGGAGGAGCUGCUCAACUACUACCUCCGCAAGAAGGUCGCCUCCGAGCAGAUCGACCUCGACGUCAUCCGCGACGUCGACCUCAACAAGCUCGAGCCAUGGGACAUCCAAGAGAGGUGUAAGAUUGGGUCAGGGCCGCAGAACGACUGGUACUUCUUCAGCCACAAGGACAAGAAGUACCCGACGGGGACGAGGACGAACAGGGCGACGGCGGCCGGGUUCUGGAAGGCCACCGGCCGCGACAAGGCCAUCUACAACGCCGUCCACCGCAUUGGCAUGCGCAAGACGCUCGUCUUCUACAAGGGCCGCGCCCCCCACGGCCAGAAGUCCGACUGGAUCAUGCACGAGUACCGCCUCGACGACCCCGCCACCGACACCGCCGCCGCCACACCCACGGUUACUUCUGCUGCUGCUGCGGCGGCGGCGAUGGCGGCGGCGGCGGACGGCGGGCAGGAGGAUGGCUGGGUGGUGUGCAGGGUGUUCAAGAAGAAGCACCACCACAAGGAGGCCGGCGGCGGCGGCGGCAAGCACGGCGGCGACGGCAGCGCCGGCGCCAAGGCGGCGCACGCUUACUCCUCCAGCGACGACGCGCUCGACCAGAUCCUGCAGUACAUGGGCAGGUCGUGCAAGCAGGAGCACGAGCUCCCCUCGCCGCAGGCCAGCGGCGGCGGCGGCGCCGGCGCAGGGAGCAGGCCGGCGUCGAGGUACCUCCGGCCAAUCGACACCGUGCUCGGCGGCCAUGGCUUCAUGAAGCUGCCGCCGCUCGAGAGCCCGUCGGCCGCCACGGCGCUCUCCUCCACUCCGAGCACCGGCGGCGACGCGGCCUCCUCGGCCGCCGCCGCCGCCGCCGACCACCUGCUGCUCCACCACCACCACCGCACGGACUGGGCCAUGAUGGACCGCCUCGUCGCGUCGCACCUCAACGGCGCCAACUCCGACGCGCCCGACGACCAGCUCUGCUUCGACGCCGCCGACGACGACGGCCUCGCCUACUACUCCGCCGCCGCCACGAGGCUGCUCGGCGGUGCCAACGCCGGCACCGACGACGACCUGUGGAGCUUCGCGCGGUCGGCUGCGCCGCCACCGCCGCCGCCGCCGCCGUCGUCGGCCACGCCAGAGCGUCUCAGCCACGUGGCACUGUAACACAUGAUUCGUAGCUGUACGUACACGUACACGUAUACGUACACGUCAGGCUACGUACGCUCGAGCUGCCACCCUAGCUGCUAGUACAGUAAUUACAGAGACAAGACAAGUAAGAAGAAAAUUGUAAGUGAAAAAAAAAAUAAAAGCAAGAGAGAGAGAGAGAGAGAGAUCCACCAUGAAUGAUACUGAUAGAGAGACAUCAUUCGAUCGAUAUAUUUCAAAGGUGAUUAGCAAAGAUCGAGUGAUUAAUUAAUUAGUGAGUGAGACACUGAGAAAAGAAAGAAAGAAAAGAAAGAAAAAUUAAGGAGCCAAAAGAGAGGAGGAGAAAAAAGAAGAAGAAGAGAGAUUAAAGGCAAAGCGAGUAGUAAGUUAGGGUGGCACUGUCAAACAUGUCUGCAUCCAAUGUUUAAUUAAUUAAUUAACCCUACUACCUGUCCAGGACAGAAAAAUA